GUCAGUAGUGCGAGUCGCAGGCAGCGUGCGAAACACCCCCUUUGGCGUAAAAUCCGCAACUUGCUGCGAUACCACACACACAGAAAAUUGCGGUCGCCUGAUCGCCAAUUUCAGGCGCAUUGCAAGACACUUUGUGGUGGGUGACGGUGACAACGCGCAAAAAGAGAGUGAGAGAAAAUCGACUCACACCCACCGGCUGCUGUUGGUCGGUGACGUAGUGUAACUGUGCCAAAGCGUCAUUCUUUGGUUAGUGGUGGAGUGCUUUAGGUAGUGGAUCGCGUUCCUGUUUUGCGUGUUUACGCUAGUGAAGACGACGCGCUCCCAUUGCGUCACCUAACGAUCGCAACACGUGUACGAUUUCCCGCGCAAAAGGUGCACGUUUUCCCGGUGGGGGCGUGUGUACGAUUGUGUGUGUGUGUGUGUGCGUGUGAGUGUUUGUAAUAGUGCGAUUGUGUUAGUUGGCCAUCAUUUGUUGCACCAUUUCUACUGCUGCACCGUUUUGUCCCGUCGGUUGCUCGUUUCGUACGUGGUUUUGUUGGGGAAUUGGAUUGGAUUGGACGCUACAGACGCUGUGGCCUUAUCCACCGUCGCAGGAUUUCUGCAGACGACGACCGUUUUGAAAAGGGUGCUGUGUUUGUUUAUCUUUCCGUCACUCGUGUCGCGCUGAAAUCCGAGAACCAUUGCUGAGCAGGGUUGCACAAAAAAAAAAAAAAGAAAAUCCACCUCACUUUGCAACACGAAAGCAAAAAAAAGAGCCGCCCGCAAGCGAGUGAGAAGGCCACGGGCGGUUUGGAAAUGUCACUUCCGUUUUUGUCUUUUUUUUUUGUUUUCGUAUUGCAGUUGCGGUUUUUCAAGCCCCAAGCUCAGAUUGCCCAGUGCCAGUGGCUCGUGUGCACAGCCCGGCCGGCUAGAGCGCGUGCCAGUUCGUUCUCGUGAACUGGAACUCAUGUCCGGUUCGUGUCUUGGGCAGCCUUGAAGUACGUGAAAGUACCGCGACCGCGCGUUCUUAUCGGUAACAAAUCGCGCUGCUCUCGGACCGCUGUCGUGCUUCGGGGGGGAGGCAGCUCGCGUUCGAGGAAAGAAUAAAAAUCCCGAUUACACGAUUUUUCAAUUCCUUCUAAGCCUGUAUCUCCCACUGUGGCUGGUCGGCUGAUAACACUGGUUUCUGAUCUCGGCAUGGCUUCUGUUUAGAGAUUCACAUAAUUGCCAAGCUGACGCUGUUCCUAGCUGCACUGCACCGCAGCGAGCAGGGUGGGAAAGAGUGCGGUAUGUACGCUGCUUGCGUAAGAGAACAAUGGAACAGUCAGGCCACCCCCCCUGGUGUGGUGCGAUCAUGUGCAACUGCACAUGGAGAAGCGUCCGUUGGGCGGAAGUUGUCAACGUCAUGGCAGUGAUUUGAUGAGGCGAUAUUAAUCAUAAACACACAGCGCACUUGCAAGCAAAUCACUCACAAAGCUCCAUUACAGGGGCACAAUUUUGUUAAUUAUUGAUGAUCUUUAAGUGGGGGAUUUGGCUCAAACAGAGAAGACGAACCCCUUAAAUAAGCUCACAAAUAUCUUUUGUUUUUUGACCUCAACAAAACGAAAAUUGAUUUGUGGUGCAGUUAUCAUUUGAUCGUCCUUUCGAUGAGAAAAAAGCUAACUGAGAAAACCCAUUGUUUCGCUACCGUUAUAAGCGCAGACCCCCGAGGGGGUGAAGUAAAACGGUUUGAUGCAAUAAUUAUAGACCGAGACUGAUCCCGCGAAAUACAUCGCGCAAGGAAAAGAUGCUAGGGCUGCAUAGUGCCGUGACGAAUCGUUGAUCGAAUCGCAACAAAAGGUCGGUUGCAGAAAAUUGAAUUUUAAACAUUUGGCUUCUACCCUUGCAUAUCAUGGAACCGAGUGAGUUGAUCGUGACGAGUAUUGCCUUGACUAUUAUUUCUUCUUACAGCUCUUUUUGUGAGUGAGAAAAAUGCUUUAAUCGAAGCUAAACACUAAAACAAGAUUAAACUCAAUAUACAUUCUUAUUUCAGCAGCAAAUUUUCUAAUUUUCCAAGCUAGACAGUUUUCGAGCUGUUUUGAAUUUUCCACUGCAGCCUCAACGACUUUUUCGAGCAGCUCAAGGUACUUACAGAAAUAUGUGACGCCUGAGGAUAAAACAACAGCUUUAUUGCUGUUUUUAAAGCAUAAAAAUAGCUGUGAAUAUUAUACAAACUCUUUUAGAUAUAAAAUUAUCUGAAAACGAUAGCAUUUUCCGCCAAUAAGAGGAAUAAAACCGCAUGAACACCGCAACGGUUCGUUUGAAAUGACAACUGACAGCAGAGUGACGUUCUGAAGAAUGCUCUUUGUUUACCUUCGCUCGCCGUACGCGUACAUCGUCAGCACAUUUUUCGACGGUGUCCCGUGAGCUGGUGUUACCCGGAGCAGUUGGCCGCGAAAUAUAACCACUCCGGAAGCGUGGUGUGCUGCGUAUCCUGUGCCGACACAGACAGCGGGCCAUCCCCAAUCGGUGGUAAUUCGGGAAAGGGUCACAACUUCCCUUGAUCGCCUCCCCCGGACGUCUGGAGCGAUGUCGACGCAGUGAUCGUUCACCAAAAGCACACCCGUUUCCUGGUUAGAUUGAGCCACCAUCGCUCUGGGUGGUACAGUUUGUGGUGGUGCUGUGUAACGUAUUUCCUUCAAGUGAUACUUACUCCCAUCGACGGAAGAGUGGCCAAAAUGUUCUGCUAGACCGAAUACAGAACGACAGCGUCGUGUGGACGAGGAGACGGCCAUUGCGGAAGCACAGUACCUGGUAUCAGUGCCCCCCAACACCUUUGAGGCAGAAGCAUUGAACGGAUUGAAGAAGAAACCACACCGAAGCACAAUGUUGGUUGCAAGCAAACCGGGGCCCAUCCAGUGCCUCCUAGACAGUGAAAUCUACUGCCAUGGGGAGCUGCUCAAGACGGUGCAGAUGAGCGAGAUCUAUCCCGACUCGAAGACGUUCGUCGACAUGAAGAUGCGCAAGUCGCCGAACGAGACGCUUGACUCGUUCCACGAGUUUAUGGUCGCGCAGGACAACAGCCCGUCGAAGGCGAAGCUGAAGGAGUGGGUGGAAUCGAACUUUGAGAAGCCCGGGGCUGAGUUUGAAAACUGGACGCCGGACGACUGGACCGCAAGCCCGAAAUUCCUCGCGCGCAUCAAGGACGAAGAUUUGCGCGGUUUCGCCUCCGAACUGAAUAAGAUCUGGCACUCGCUCGGCCGUAAGAUGACGUCGGAUGUGGCGCUCAAUCCGGACCUCUACUCGAUCAUCCACGUGGACCAUCCGGUAAUCGUGCCGGGUGGACGGUUCCGCGAGUUCUACUACUGGGACUCGUACUGGAUCGUCAAGGGGCUGCUGCUGUCCGAGAUGUACAGCACCACCAAGGGCAUGCUGGAGAACUUCCUGUCGAUCAUCCAGCGGUACGGGUUCAUCCCGAACGGGGGCCGCAUCUACUACAGCAUGCGCUCGCAGCCGCCGCUGCUGUGCGGCAUGGUCAAGUCGUACGUCGACGCCACCAACGACACCAAGUUCGCGAUGGACAGCGUGGAAACGCUCGAGCGCGAGUUCCAGUUCUUCAUGAACAACUACGUGACGGAGGUGAACAACCACCAGCUGGCGACGUACGGCUACAAGUCGAGCGGGCCGCGCCCCGAAUCGUACCGCGAGGACGUGCUGAGUGCGGCCAUCUUCCAGCGGGAGGAGGACAAGCAGGACUACUACUGCGAGCUGAAGGCGGCCGCCGAAAGUGGGAUGGACUUUUCCAGCCGCUGGUUCAUCAAGGACGGCACGAACGCGGGCAACCUGACCGACCUGAAGUGCCGCUCGAUCGUGGCGGUCGAGCUGAACGCGAUCCUGUAUUGGAACGCGCUGAUCAUUGCCGAGUUCUACGGCUACCGGAACGACAUUGGCUCGAUCGCGAAGAAGGAAGAGUACCUGGCCAAGGCGGACGAGCUGAAGAAAGCGAUCAAUGCGGUGCUGUGGGACGAGCAGGAAGGGGCGUGGUUCGAUUACGAUCUGAUCAACAAGAAGCUGCGCAAGUACUUCACGCCGACCAACCUGUCGCCGCUCUGGGUCGGCUGCUACGAUCGGGAGGACAAGGAGCUGCCGAAGCGCAUCCUGGCGUACAUCGACCGGCUGCAGCUCGACCGCUAUCCGGGCGGUGUGCCGAACACGCUGCAAAACACCAACGAGCAGUGGGACUUCCCGAACGUGUGGGCCCCGAUGCAGCACAUGCUCGUAAUGGGGCUCGAUUCGCUGGAGAAUGCGGAAGCGAAGGAGCUGGCCUUCAGCUGGGCCCAGCGCUGGGUCCGGGGGAACUACCUAACCUACAACAAUACGCAUUCCAUGUUCGAAAAGUACGAUGCGCAAGAGCUCGGUGGACAUGGCAGUGGUGGUGAGUACGAAGUCCAGACCGGCUUCGGCUGGACCAACGGUGCCGCAAUGGAUCUGAUGAACAAGUACGCCGACAGACUGACGACAGUGGAUGCUGCGGAACAACCGGAAGACAAUGGAAACGGUGCGCUGGUAGCAUACUCCAUCAAUACCGGCAUUAUUGCCACACUGUUAGCAUUCUUCGUUGGAGUCUUCGGGUGAGCACAUUCACACACGUACCCUCGUGGACCGUAGACGUUGAACCAUCAUUUCACCAACCGUCAACCCUUGUCUCUGUUCAAUGUUUAACCGCACUUCGAUAGUCAUUCGAACGCUGUGGCACGUUGAAUUUGUGUCUCAACGUGUAUCGCGCCUCCUCGAAGCGUGUGAUAACGAAAGGCAAAUCUAACACUCUCCCAUUAAACCAUUCCAACGAGAAAACGUGUAACCUAUGCCAUUUGUUUUGUACGUGUGGCUCAUGGAACUAUCAAGUAUUACAAGUAUGGAAAGCGAAAUAGGACGAUGAUCAUGUGUCCGGUUUUCCAUCAAUCAGCAUCCAGGACGAACCCCAUCUGUUGAUUAACGUAUUAUGCACGGAACUGAAGCUACUAAAACUUAUCCAUAAAGAUACAGUGUGCAUCUCACAUGCAUAUCAUAGUGA